CACUUCGAUACAAGCCGUUACUAAUGCCUCCCGGUCACGAGCCUAACUCUUCGUCGGGCGUCGCCACCUCGGCCAUUGACGACGAGGACGUCCCCGAGGACUACGACUACGAGGAGUCGGCGUGGCGCUUCGACCUGGCCGACCUGGUGCCCACGGCGGCCGUGUACGGGGCCACCCUGCUGCUGGGGCUGGUGGGCAACCUGCUCAUCGUGUACACGGUGGCCCGGUUUCCGCGCAUGCGCUCCAUCUCGAACCUGUUCCUGGCGUCGCUCGCCUCGGCCGACCUGCUCAUCGUGCUGCUCUGUGUUCCCGUCAAGUUCGGCCAGCUCUUCUCGUACACCUGGACGCUGGGCGAGGUGGGCUGCAAGCUGCUCCUCUACGUCCAGCACGUCUCCAUGAUCUGCUCGGUGCUCAACCUCACCUUCCUCAGCAUCGAGAGAUACUACGCGGUGAUCCAUCCUGUUCGCUCUCGCUACCUCUGCACCUUCAGCCAAGCUCGUCGAGUCAUCAUGUUCAUCUGGCUGACCGCAUUUUUAAGCGCGCUACCCAUCAUCUUUGUUCAGGUUCACGUGGAGAUGGGCCUUCGUCGCCGCGCCUACUGGUGCAUGCGCGACGAGGCCAGUCCCGGAGCCUGGCGCUCCUUCGAGAUCUACAUGCUCAUCCUGGUGCUCUGCAUACCCACCCUGGUCAUGGGCUACGCCUACACCAAGAUCUGCGUCCAGCUCUGGAUGGUCGUGCGGGAGCGGGCGCAUCUCACGUCUGGCUUGGCUUGUACGGAGAUGUUGGAGAAGACUUCUGGAGCCAACGACUGUUUCGGGGCCAACGGCAACAAAAGGAUCCUCGGAAAGCCGUCGCGAGCCGACGAAGACACCGUGAAGCAGGUGAUCAAGAUGCUCAUCCUGGUCGUCUGCCUCUUCGUGCUCUGCUGGGCGCCCAUCCUGAUCCUGAACGUGCUCACGGCGUUCGGCGGCGUCGCGACGCUCAACUACUCCUACCUGAAGCCACUGCGCACCUGCUUCCACCUGCUGUCCUACCUCAACAGCUGCGUCAACCCGCUCGUGUACGGGUUCAUGUCGCGCUCCUUCAGAGUCUCCUUCAGGGACGCCCUGUUCGGCUGCCUACGCCAGCGCAGCGCGCCUCAACGCGGAACCACGUUUCGCACGAGCAGGACUCACACGUCCAGCGUCAGCCUGGGACGCUCGGGGACCUCCGUCACAUGACGCCAGCCGCCGCAGCCCUGCGUGCGAUGCAUCCGCUGGUCGACGAGCUGCGGUCCAGCUCUCGACAUGACCACGACGUCGAGUGCCGAAGGCUGACCGGUGACUGUUCCAGCCCGGAGAAU